AUGAGCAACGAACCUAUUCAAAAUUUGGUAGAAAAAUCUAAAAAUUUAGAUUUUGAUAUGAUAAUUAGAGUUGGUGAAGAACCAGAUAUUAAAGAAUUUAAAGUUCAUUCUAUUGUCUUAUCGGCAAGUUCAUGUUAUUUUGAAGCUGCAUUGUCAUCACGAUGGGCAAGGAGAGAAAAUGGAAUCAUCAUAUUCAAUAAGCCUAACAUUUCUCCACUUGUGUUUGAAACUAUUAUAAAUCAUAUCUAUACAGGAAAAUUUUCCGAUAUGAGUAAAGUUAGCCUUCUUGAUGUUUUUAUUGCAGCUGAUGAAAUGGAAUUAACUAAAAUCUGUCAACAAAUUAAAAAAUCCUUGCUAGAAACUAAAUCGGCUUGGAAAUUUCCAAAAGACUUUAUUACAAUAUUUCAGAACAACCUUGUUUGGAUUUAUUCAAUUCAGAUGACAAAAAAUCGAUUCUCUCGUUGGAGGAAAUUAACAGCCGGUCCUUUUUAUGUAGAUGUUUCGAUAG